CUGCAGACUCUUAAGGGCUACAAUAACUUAGUAUUCUCAGUUGUCUUCUCACCUAAUAGCCAGCUGCUUACCUUAGGUUCACGCAAUUACACAGUCAGAGUAUUAUGGGAUGUAAACUUAAGCACCUAUCUGCAAUCUUAUAAAGGCUAUAAUAAUAAGGUAUCCUCAGUGAUCUUCUUACCUAAUGGCCAGCUGCUUGCCUUAGGUUCAGACGAUUGUACAGUUAGAGUAUGGGACGUAAACUUAGGCGCCUGCCUGCAAUCUCUAAAGGGUUAUAAUAACAAGGGCUAUAAUAAUUUAGUAUUUUUAGUUAUAUUUUCACCUAAUGGCCAGCUGCUUACCUUAAGUUUAUACAAUAGUAUAGUGAAAGUGUGGGAUAUAAACUUAGGCGUAUGUCUGCAGACCUUUAAAGGCUAUAAUCAUUUAGUAUUCUUAGUUGUUUUCUCACCCAAUAGCCAGCUGCUUACCUUAGGUUCGUAUGAUUAUACAGUCAGAGUGUAG